AUGGACAAGCAAACUGGUACCCGUAAAGACAAGGCAAUAUUAGGAGAGGGAAAGAGGAAGAAAGAAAAGGUGGGAGGGGCAACAAAAUUAGCUAAGAAAAUUGAUCGUCUUGUUGAUGUAGUUGAGAGUAGGAGUACGGCUACAUCAGUCCCUACAAGUGCACAAGGAACUAGCAUUCAAGAGGUGAUGCGAGUUGUUGCAACCUUACCAGGAGAUGAAACUGAUAUGAAUAAUUCUGGAGAUGAUGAGGAGAUGGACCAAAUUAUAUGUGUAACUGGUAGGCUUAUACAAAUGUACCUUGAAAAGAUGGAAAAGGACUGCUUUUAUAUGUUACUGAAUGAUAUAGAGAGGAAACUAAAGCCUUCAAGGAACAUAUGCUCUGCUGAAAUUUUAGCUAUGUUUCUAUAUAUUUUGGGAGGAGGUGAGACCAAUAGGAAUACACAAGAACGUUUUCAACGUUCGGGUGAGACGAUUAGCAGGUACUUUGAUAGAAUGCUAGAUAUUUUAUAUGAUAUGGCAAAAGUCCUCAUAAAGCCAUCCGAUUCUGAAUUUAGAAGCACCCCGAAAGAAAUCGAAAGAGACUCAAGGUACAUGCCUCAUUUUAAGGAUUGCAUUGGUGCAAUUGAUGGUGUUCAUGUUCAAGCUUCAACUUCUCCAUGUGAUCAAGUGCCGUACAUUGGCAGGAAAGGCAUCCCCACUCAAAAUGGUGGGAAGACACUGCCCAUGAUAGUAGAGUCUUCUUAUGCUCUACACAACCCUCAAGCGAACUUUCCAAAGCCUCCAAAUGGAAAAUAUUAUGUAGUUGAUGCUGGAUAUCCCCAAAUGAGAGGUUUUUUAGGACCGUAUAAAGGUGAACGGUAUCACCUUCCACAUUUUCGUAGAGGUGAUGAACCAACUGGUCACAAGGAAAUAUUUAAUCAUGCACAUUCUUCACUUAGAAGUGUUAUUGAGCGCACUUUUGGGAUAUGGAAGAAAAAGUGGAGUAUUCUACGUGACAUGCCAAGCUUUUCUUAUGAAAAACAAGUGAAGAUAGUUAUUGCUACAAUGGCUCUUCAUAACUACAUAAGAAUAUAUGCUCGCCAAGAUCCUGAUUUUGAUGAUAGUGAAGAUUACUCAAGUGAAGAUAUUGGUGAAGAGGAUAAUGACAACAAUGAAGAUGGAGGAGAUGGUUCGGGUAGACGGAAAAUGGAUAUGUUAAGAAACGCAAUUACACAAAGCCUAAUGGAUGCAUCUAAUUAG